CAUUCGCAAAACGCAAGUGUCACUAAACGUUCUCUGUUCAGUCAUAAAUUGGAGCUUGGAGCACGUUAAACAUGUCAGGUGUACUCGAAGAUGAGAACCGCAAGAAAUUGAAAGAACACGUUAAAGAGAUGGAACAUACCGUACAAAAUCUUGAAGAGAAAAUACACGAGUCAGACCAUACCGAUAAUCAAGUGAUGAUGUCUUUGCAAUGCGAUAAAAUUAAAUAUCAUGGGAUCAGCAACCAACUAGAGGAAGCUCUAAAGGAGAACCAGCAGCUCCUAAAUAUUUUACAACAAAAGUGUAACGAUAACGACAUUUCUAGAACAAAUUCUCAGGGUGAUGUAAGCCGUUCCUGUUCGACAAUGAGUAUAGUCCAUUUACAAUACAAUUGCCUACUGUUGGGGCUCUUCCACUCUUCCAAAUCUCAAUGUGCUACCCCCAGCCCUACAACGGCUAGCGGCACACAUGCACCAACCAGUCAAAUAUGCUCUGGUGAUCUCAUAUUCGAAGACAACUUCGACGAUCUUAAUUUGCAAAAAUGGAACCACGAAAAUACACUCGCCGGAGGUGGCAACUGGGAAUUUGAAUGGUAUACAAACAGCAGAUACAACAGCUACGUUGACGGAGGAAUUAUAUUUUUGAAGCCAACUCUCGUAGCCGACGAAAACGGCGAAGACUUCUUGUGGUCUGGUCACUUGGACAUCAACGGAGGUUCCCCAGCUGACGAGUGUACGAAUCCCCAGUGGUAUGGUUGUAUCAGAGAUGGUAGCGAAGCCAGUUAUUUGAACCCAAUCAAAAGCGCGCGUAUUCGCACAGUAUACUCCUUCAGCUUCAAAUAUGGUAAAAUCGAAGUCAGGGCUAAACUACCAGCCGGCGAUUGGUUGUGGCCUGCGAUCUGGAUGUUGCCAAGGUGGAACCAAUACUCCACAUGGCCGGUUUCUGGAGAAAUCGACAUUAUGGAAAGCCGUGGCAACCGCGAGCUCGUCAACGGGUCUGGCGUCAAUAUUGGUACCCAACUGGUGAGCUCCACCCUCCACUGGGGCCCAGCAUGGAAUAUCAAUAUGUAUCAGUUGACACACGUCGAAAAACAAAAUCCUGCCGGUUUUGAUACGGAUUGGCACAAUUAUCAGUUGCUCUGGGACGAGAACAGUCUUCAAUUUUCCGUAGAUGAUGAGGUCUUGGCCCGAUAUGAACCACCAGCGGGUGGGUUUUGGGAAUGGGGUAACCUUGAUUCUUCCGGUUGGGAUAAUCCAUGGAAGAGAAGUAAUUCGAAACUGGCGCCUUUCGAUCAGGAGUAUUAUAUCCUUCUUAAUUUGGGCUGCGGCGGCCUAGCUUAUUUUCCUGAUGAUGCCAGCAAUCCUGGUGGCAAGCCCUGGUUGAACACUUCUCCUACUGCGUCUACAGACUUCUGGACGGGUAGAGACCAGUGGCUACCCACCUGGCAACUGGAAACAGAUAAUGCUGCCUUCCAAGUUGACUAUGUCAGAGUGUGGGCUUUGUAAUUGUUAGAUAUUAUGUAAAAUAAUAA